UCUUAUUUAAACUCCAGGCAUUUCUUAUAUUUCAUAAGCUUUACCCUCUUCCAUUUUCACCAAAAAUCAGGUUUGAGACUACUCCAACUUCAUGGGGACUGAAUUAGCUCAUCAAGAAAGAAACAACUAUGAUGAAAUCCUUAUGCAACACAGAACAAACAUUACUGACAGUUUGAAGGAUUUGAAGAAUCUGAGGAAACAGUUUUACUCGGCUGCAGAAUAUUUUGAAGUGUCUUAUGGCAAAGAUGAGCACAAACAAGAAUUGGUGGAUACCAUGAAAGUUUAUGUGAGCAAAGCUGUGAUUAACACAGUGGAUCACCUUGGUUCUAUAGCUGCUAAACUUGACACUUUCUUGGAUGAAAAAGUUGGUGAAUUUUCUGCAACAGAACUUCGAUUCUCUUGCGUUGAACAGAGAUCAAGAUCAUGCCAAGAAUUCAUCGACCGAAAUGGCAUUGAACAACAAUCAUUUGUCACUGUUUUGCCCAAGUACCUGAAACAUUGUAUCAAUCCAGGUUCAGAUGUGGAUACAGUGUCUGAUUUAGGAAAAUCAAACAGGAGAAGUCCUAUGAUGACAAUUCUCUAUCCUGGCCGGGACGAAAUGCAUCAAAACCAGCACCACCAACUCCAGCAAGGUUUUCUAGCAACAAAAACAAAAGAGCAUCCUACCUUACCAAGGAGAAGGCUGCAGAAUAACCUUACAUUUACACAAACUUCUCCAAAUCCUCCUGCAUUCACAUUUACCCGGGCUGCAUCUAGCAAAGAAUUAGAUUCCAGAGGGAAGCUGUCUGUUUCGCCACUUCGGUUUCGACUCAAGCGCUCUGAAUCAUACAUUCACAGAUCACCCCCUUUCAGUCCCUGCGAUCUACGACAGUUUCGGCCCCAGCCGCAGAGGACAAUUUCACUGCCCACAAAGCCUGCAAAACCUACUUCACAGAAUAUGAAGAAACUGCAGUCCAACAAGACUAAACGUACACUCCAAUCACUGCUUAGCUUUCAAUUCACGGAUUAAGAAGCUAAGGAUAUUGAGAUAUUUCACAGUCUUGUAAUUUUACACAAAAUUCUUAAAUAAAGCAACUUAAAGAAUUUCAUUCAUAUUCUUGUAUUUUAAGUUUACAUCUUGAACCUUGU